UGCUCUGACUGAUGGUUGUAACUUGGUGUGUCUGAUAAUAGUGGGUAGAUAAUCUAACACAAUGGCGGGCAACGUGGGAAUGGAACAGCUAAUUCCUAUUGUAAAUAAAUUACAAGAUGCAUUUACACAAUUGGGAGUUCAUAUGCAAUUAGAUUUACCGCAAAUUGCCGUUGUUGGCGGGCAAUCUGCUGGUAAAUCAUCCGUCUUGGAAAACUUUGUUGGCAGGGAUUUCCUUCCUCGGGGCUCUGGUAUUGUCACAAGACGACCUCUCAUUUUACAAUUAAUACAUGGGCCUGUUGAAUACGGAGAAUUUUUGCACAAAAAGGGUGAGAAGUUCAUGAAUUUUGAUGCCAUCCGGAAAGAAAUUGAAGAUGACACAGACCGGAUCACAGGCAACAACAAGGGCAUCUCCAACCUGCCCAUCAACCUGCGCGUGUACUCCCCCAAUGUCCUAAACCUGACGCUGAUCGACUUGCCUGGACUGACAAAAGUGCCCAUCGGCGACCAACCUGCCGACAUUGAGCAGCAGAUCAGGUCGAUGAUCAUGACGUACAUCACGAAGGAGUCGUGCCUCAUCCUGGCCGUGACCCCAGCAAACAGUGACUUGGCCAACAGCGAUGCCUUGCAGCUCUCCAAGGAUGCUGACCCUGAUGGUUUGCGUACAAUCGGCGUGAUCACAAAGUUGGACUUGAUGGACGAAGGCACAGAUGCUCGGGAUGUGUUGGAGAACAAGUUGCUGCCUCUACGUCGCGGCUAUGUGGGCGUUGUCAACAGGUCUCAGAAGGACAUAGACGGUCGUAAGGACAUCAAGGCUGCCAUGGCGGCAGAGCGCAAGUUCUUCCUCUCCCAUCCUGCCUACCGCCACCUGGCAGAGCGCUGCGGCACGCCUUACCUACAACGGGUCCUGAACCAGCAGCUCACCAACCACAUCAGGGAGACGUUGCCUGCACUCAGAGACAAGCUGCAGAAGCAGUACCUCUCCAUGGAGAAGGAGGUGGAGCAGUACAAACAUUUCAGGCCUGAUGACCCUGCUAUCAAGACCAAAGCUAUGCUGCAGAUGAUCCAGCAGCUGCAGAACGACUUCGAGCGCGCAAUCGAAGGUUCGGGCUCAGCUGCCAUCAACACAGCAGAGUUGUCGGGAGGUGCUAAGAUCAACAGGCUCUUCCAUGAACGCUUCCCUUACGAGAUCGUGCGCAUGGAGUUUGAUGAGAAGGAACUGCGUCGCGACAUUGCCUUUGCCAUCCGCAACAUCCACGGUAUCAGAGUGGGGCUCUUCACUCCUGACAUGGCUUUUGAUGCUAUCGUCAAGACACAGAUCGCACGUCUCAAGGAGCCAAGCCUCAAGUGUGUAGAUCUCGUCGUGCAAGAACUAACAAAUGUUGUCCGCACUACUGCCAUGAAGAUGUCGCCGUACCCGCGCCUGCAGGAGGAGACAGAGCGCAUCAUCACAUCGCACAUCAGAGAGCGCGAGCAGCUCUGCAAGGAGAACAUCCUACUCAUGAACGACUGCGAGCUCGCCUACAUGAACACUAACCACGAGGACUUCAUUGGCUUUGCCAAAGGCUCGACCGUGUCCGACGCCCAGCAGUCAUCAGAGUCUGGCAGUCAGAAGGCGCGUCACAAGCUCGGCAAUCAGGUCAUCAGGAAAGGCUACAUGAACAUCACCAACCUGGGCAUCAUGAAGGGUGGCGGCCGCGACUACUGGUUUGUGCUCACAUCUGAGUCACUCUCGUGGUUCAAGGAUGAAGAAGAGCGAGACAAGAAGUACAUGUUGAUGCUGGAUAGCCUGAAGCUGAAGGACAUCGAGCAAGGUUUCAUGUCCCGACGCCACGUCUUCGCUCUCUACAACCUGGAGAACAGGAACGUCUACAAGGACCACAAAGAGCUGCAGCUCGGCGUAGAGUCCCAGGACGAGCUGGACUCCUGGAAGGCAUCCUUCCUGCGCGCCGGCGUCUACCCGGAGAAAGUGUCUGAGCACGGCAGCAGCGAGGAGGGUUCGAACGAGACAAGUACGUCGAUGGACCCUCAGCUGGAGCGGCAGGUGGAGACGAUCCGUAAUCUCGUCGACUCGUACAUGAAGAUCGUGACAAAAACUACCCGCGAUCUCGUGCCCAAGAUCGUCAUGCACCUCAUGAUCAACAACACCAAGCAGUUCAUCAUGGGCGAGCUGCUGGCGCAUCUCUACGCCACUGGAGACCAGGCAAGCAUGAUGGAGGAGAGUCCCGAGGAGGCGCACAAGCGAGAGGAGAUGCUGCGCAUGUACCACGCCUGCAAGGAUGCGCUUAAGAUCAUAGGAGACGUGUCCAUGGCAACCGUCAGCACUCCUGUACCGCCUCCUGUCAAGGAUGACUGGCUUGGUGCUAAUGACAGCAUGUUAAGCCGUGGUGGGCCGCCGUCUCCUGGAGUGCAACGUGGGGGCCGUGGGGCCGGUGCCCCACUCCCUGCAGCAGCGGCGUCCCGCGCCCCACCUCCUGUCCCUGCUGGUGGGCGACCUGCCCCUGCUGUGCCCACUCGCCCCACUCCUGCCCCACCUGGCAGGCAGCAGCAAGGGCUGCCGCCGCCCCUCAUACCCUCACGCGGCCCUGGAGGAGGUGGUGGUGGCAGUGGUGGGAUUGCUGGCAUGCAGCAGCGCGUGCAAACCGCCGCGAUGACAGCGGCCGCUGGUGCUGCCGUCAACGCUGCCACCAACGAAAUCUAUUCCGCUUUUGGCUUCGGCAAGAAGUAAAACAAAAACUGAAGAUUUCGACGAUCGCAUUACCUGCAUUUAAAACUCACAGGAGUUCCAACAACUCUUUAAACAAAGGAUUCUGUAAGAUUUAAUCUCUACCGCCCGACGGUUAUCGCAACGAAGACCUCGAUCAGUCAUCUCCCGCUUUAUCCGUAAUAAACUCGCAUGUCAGCGCUCCAACACUUAACUUACAAUAUAACGAAUUAAACUUCUAGGCUUGAGUCUGUAAAAGAACUUACUUUCCAUUAGAUGAGUUUUUUUCAAAAACUUAAUUCGUCACACACUUCUCCUAUCGUAUGGAUGUGCAUAUUUGGUCCCAUUGGAAUACUGAGCUCAAUGUUUCUACUUCGAUGAGAAUAUUGUAGAGACUGGCAGCUCCAUCUUUAAAGUUCUGAUACACUGAGAACAAAGUACCGAGAUUACGUUAUUAAAAGUAGAGCAAUAUCGUUGCGUGUAUUCAUCUUUAUGAUUGUUAUACAUAAGGCAAUCUUCAUGCUUAUUGUUGUGAAACAUCUUGUUGUCCUUGUUCUUGUUUAUUGUGGUUGCCUCGGAUCUACGUCUGGCAGUUGUCGUUCUGAAAGUGUCUGUAGCGACUACUCGCUCUGAAAUUACUCAUACUCGUAAACUUUUAUAGGAGCAAAUGUGCUGAAAAUAGUUUGAAGGCACGGCUGAUAUUAAAGUUAUCUUAUUUGCGAUGAAAUUGUUAGAGAUAUGUCUUGUAUUUACAGAUGUCAUACAAUCAUGAAUGAUACUUUAAAAUUAUCGAUGGGAGUAUUCUAAAAAAAAGCCAAGGUUUUAUUCUUUCCUUUAGGAUUGAAAAAUGAAGAAGUUGUCAAAAAGUUUUUAGACUUUCUCCGGGUUGUAUAAGUUGCACAAAAACUUUUUGCAAGCUUGUGGUGGACGCGUUGCUGCCAUGUCAUACAAGAUUUGCAUUUUAUGGAAACAGCAAUCAUAGUUGUUUUCAUUUAAUUUCAAUUACGUUUGUGUUGCAUCGAGUUGUCUAUUUUUACUGAGCUGCGUCGACUCUUGGGAUGUAAGAGUAUGACUCGUAUAUAAGCGGACAAAUGAUAUCAGGCAUCAAAAGCGCAUGUCAGGCGGUGAAAAGGUCACUUCGGCAACAAAAAUACCAUGUAUUGAUAUAAAAUAUGGGUUUCUCCAAAUUGACCUUUGUUGUGAAUUUCAUAUAUCCACUUUUGUACUCUGAAGGUGUUUUCAAUUGCUGAAUUUAUGUCCACUGUUCUGUGACCUGGGAAAUGCUCUCUGGUUCACUAAUAUCUUCAUUAAAUCGUUCGUGGUUUCCUAUACGUUAGAUUUUUAGAUGCUACAGCUUCAUAUUCCUUCGUUUUAUGAGCUUAUGAGAAACGUCCGCUGAUAACACGUCCGGAGUUCUUGUCUGGUCGAUCGUUCAACAUUCCAAAGAUAAUAACUUACUCAAAGAGUGACGCAUUUCGACGAUAUUAUAGACGAACUGUCCAUUUGCGCAGGCAAAGUUCAGAAUUGCCUCAUUGAAGGGGAUCCUAUGUACAGACUCGUUAUAUCUAAACCCUAGUUUACAAUUAAACGUCGCGUCUAGCGACACACAUACCCGAAGUUGAUUAUCGAUUCCUGUGUUAUAAUUAUUAUUUGUAUGAGAAGUAUAUGUUACAGUGUAUUUUUGCUGUGUUGUGUAGACGAUAUAUAAAUUAUAAUAAUUACCACAUAGUGCAUGGCAUAUAUCUUAAGUUUAUUAAAUACAUUGAUGGCUUGUGCAUCGUAAGUGUGAUAGCUGACGCUGAUUAAUUGUUGCGUGGCCUGGCUUGCCGCAUAUCAAGAACUGCAUAUGUUAAUUAACCAUGUGUGCGUGUGUACAAAAUAUUCCGUAGGCCUGUUAUGUAAACGAAAAGUUUAUUAUCUACUCAUUACAACUCCCGACUCUCUUCUGUUCUUUCUAUGUCUUUACUUCUGUUAUCUUUCCAAGUUUUGAAUUGAUGAUAGUUAUCCUUUCCGUUGGGUUCAGUCAUGUGCACUUUAUAUAUAAUAUAUACUGAGCGACCAUGGUUUAUGACAGUCUAUUUACAAUCCCUAAUAAUAACGUGUGACCAUCACGACUCUCACUUGGCGCACCUCUUGCAUUGCGUCUAGACGUUUUAAUUAAUAUAGCUGCAUCAUUCGUACAAAUUCUGAUUCCUUUUAAAAACUGUGGUUGCCCCGUUUUUCGUGUCCUUAGCUGAGCCUUAUAAUAUAUUUUUGUUCCUAGGAGUCUUAUUUAACUCGUAUAUGUUAAGUUGACUGAGCUCGGCUUCUGAAGAACUCAUUUUGGCUCUCUAACGCUUCGACUUACUUUCCGUAAGUUCACUGAAUGUUUCCGUAUGUUUACUGAAUGUCGUUCAAAGUAUUCUGGUUCCUUCUCGUGUACCAACUGCCAUUAUGUCAAAUAUUCGCUUACCGGAUUACAGUUUCUUUAUCAAAUCGAACACUGCUUUUGGUCAUGAAAUAAAGGAUCCGGUGGAAAAAAAUGGGUACACCUAUGACCAAUGUGUUCGUAGUAAUGUCCCUAUAAGAGACGUACCGCUUAGCAUUCCUUGGAGAUAUUUAGUCCAUAAUGGAUCGCAUUCAUAAAACAAACUCAGUCCUUCGUGCAAGCAAAUUUCGGAUCUCGCCCCAUUGUAUUUUUGUGAUUUGAACUAAUAUUACGAUAAUCAACAAUCUCUUCAGGCGCUGAUUUUAAACUAUGCGUAUGUUCUAGCAAAAUAAAACUUGAAAUACACUAAGCCCAGAAGCAAGCUCCCUUUUGACCGCUUUGAAAUCGAAGGAGUUAGACAACAAUGUUGAGAGAAUAAGAUAUAUAGAAGUAGUCGCGUUAUGUAUAAGUACAUGCAGAAGCUUGAUUUGUUACAAAGCUUGUGUAUUAGAGUAGGAGUUGUUCACUUAUAUAAGCGUGAGAUGGCAUCGUUGCAUGUACGCACGUAACUAAUAGCUAAUGUUUCCAGUGUGCAGUGUUACACCCUUUUGUAGGCCAUUCAUUUAUUUGUAUACAAACUGCAACUUUCUCCCUUUACCCUCGAUUAUAUCUCGCCCACCUGCAUUCACAGAAAAAAUUGAUAUUCCGUCAGGUUUUUUAGGGCACGCGAGUCGAUAAUUUUUUUACGGUUGUUUUGACUGUUCGAGGACUUCUUUAAUAUCUCUAUUUAAACAAACUUAUUCCCGUCACCAAAUAUGUUUUUCAGGAAAUUAUUCAACGGAUUUCGAAUAUUUUGGGUAAACAUCUAAAUUCAUCUUAUUUCACUGGGAACCUUAUUUCAAAUAGGUUUCUUUCACCCGAACCUGCCUAAAUUCCUGUUAAUGAAAGUGAGCGAGUCUAACGUAAGCGUAGUUCUUAGCUGCGUGAGAGACGAGUCUUGUUCACUAUAGUGAACAAAACUGUCUAUAGACGCUCUAAGCCUUCGGCGUAAGACAGUUUCGUUGCCAUAGGACCAGCAGAAUAAUCCUAUAAAUCUUAGCAAAUGUAACACAAUAUCGUGUCAGAUGAAUGACUAGUGUAUGUCAACAAAUGCGGUAUCGAAUUUAUUUGAAGUUUAAUGGUAAUACACAACGUCAGUAAUAUUCCGAAACAACACCAUUCCGUAACCUUUUAUCCCACCAUGUGUAGGUACUAUUACGAUCUCCUUGUUGAUAAGAUAAUUAGUAAAUUAAAAACAGAGUAGUGCAACAAAAUGCAUUUCUUGCCUUUUAGUUUGAAGCAGCAAAGGGAUCGUAGAACACGCUUGUGAUGUUUCUAACUAAAGAGCGCUCGCGUAGAUCAAGGUCAGAUUCUCAACUUCCAGGAAAGUCGUAAAUGCGCAGGCCAAUCACAAUUCGUUUGUUGUACUAAUCCUGUUACUUGAAGAAGCUAUUCUUGAAUUUACGAUUUUGCUGGAAAAAUUGAGUAUAUCCGGCUUCUAAAAUAAUUACCGUGUUUAAUACUAGCCUCAAAAACUACUAUUAUUUCUAGAGUACACGUAUUCUCGUGUUGACGAGUCAUGUACUAAUUAGAACUUCUAUUUGAAUGUUAUAGUGUAUGUGAGUUGCAUAAGUCAAGACAUUCCCGUUGUUAAAGCUUAAUUGUUGCAUCUAAUGUUCUAUUCUUAAAGACUUCACGAGCUACUGCAGGACGGGCGGUCUGACUGUGUUACUAAUUUAAAAUUCAAUUUAACUCGGAAAUCAUCAUUGAUUCACACGAAUCCAUUCAAAAAAUCUAUUUAUGUUACUACGAUGAACACGAAUAUACAUUUUUUUGUCUUAACCGCAUAAAUGUAACGCAUAACCGCGAAGCGGAAGCAUUUUAUCGCUCACUAACAAAAUCUCGCUUCGAUCUUGAAACUCGACAGUUUUUAUUUCCCGUUAAUAUGCUUCAAUUGAAGUCGCCUUUCCAUUUGUGUGCGGACAUCAGUUUUCAAGAAGACGUUACGAUAACUACCGUUCAUGAGCUGAGGAACACGUACAUGCAACUGAUAAUUGUAUCAAAUAUACCUUGUAAUUGGUCCUGAAAUUUCACUCGGCUUGUAACAAAGAUUCCUUCGGUGCACGGAAUGGACUCUUGAAUGGUUAGUUUUCUGUCUGGCUCCAUCUUCUUCCUUCUGCCUUGUCUCACUCGACGUCGCUACUGCCAUUACAACAUGUUUUGUAUCCAACGCGCCAUUAUCUGCUGUGUCUUUGUUAAUCGUCAUUGCACAUGAGUUUUCCGUGUACUUUAGACCGCAUGUUGUUCUGUCACUGUUGGGUCUCAGACGGUUCAGCGUAGGUUAUGAUGGAUUUUUGACGUAUUUGGGAUUUUAUCCAUUGACUUGUGUUUCUUGUGGUGAAGUGUGUCUGAAAGUUGUCACCGAUGGUGUACGAUGAUGGUUGACAUAUCGCGUGAUCACGUCACUGCGCGUGUGUGUGGCAACAAUCCUAGUCGCUUAUUGAUCAAUCAUUGUUGCGGAAUCGGUGAAUAUCGAAAAAUAAUAAAAUGCUGAAGUUAGACGCCAAAGCUUCAGGCAUUAAGUUGAGAGUUGAUUAUUCGGUCACCUUGAAAUUGAUUGUUUUACGCGGCUUUUGUUUAUACUAUAAUUUCCAGCAAGAGAAUAUAGGUUUAGAGUCUAGGGUUUCAGACAUUCACUGCAAUGUAAUUUACCUACGUAUCAGCAAGGGUCAUUGACUGGACCUUAUCCGCCCUCUGGGUUGGGUGUCAGUCUACAACUUGGAGCAAGGCUUCAUUAUUUUUGAAAAAAAAAUACCGCAAUUGAAAUUUCCCAGUCUUCCUGUGUCCACCCUUUAUCUUAACUUGGAUAAUUCAUCUAAAUCUAAAUUCGGUGCCUGAUCGAAUCUUAAUAGUAACUUCUCGGUUUUGCCGGUCAAUUCACCAACAUGUGAAUAAGCGUACCUAUACCGAUUGUAAUAUUCAUCUUAAUGCGUUCGCGCAAGAGUCCAAUGGCUUAAUUAAUUAUUGUUAGUGGAACUCCAGCCAAACCCUAGUUUUCACUGUCAUUUUCGUUGAUGUAUUAUUGGACUCUGCACCGCGCACUCAGGCACCUUUCCCAACUCGUGUUUUAUGCUCGGAAAUUUUCCAGCGAUCAUCAGUUGUUCGAUAAACAGAUGUUCGAGUAUCAAGCAUGUGAUGAUUAUCGGUACUUUGACUGUUGAACAUGUUAUUGCUGAUGGAUGUAUGACGUCGGAAUUAUUUCCGAGUGUCUAACCCGAGGCUGGGCAUUUGCACUAACUUCUUACUAAUAAUUGCCAUCAUCAUCGGCCAACCAACGGCCAUUUAUGAUGCGGUUAUAAUUUACUGUACGGCGUUACUGGAUGUAUGUAGCUGAAACCAGUCUAUUGUUCUUCUCUCUUAAGCGAGUGCGUUCUGUAAUUGAGUAAAUGUUUAGCAGUGUUUCCCUUCAAUAUGGUGAUAGAAAUAAAAUAUUAUAGUAAA